AUGAUAAGGUACAUCAAGACUACCUGGUCGUGGGAGUUACCCUGUCCUCAAUGUGGGAAGAAUUUUAGUUCCUCAAGUAAUCUAAAGAAUCAUCAAAGAGUACACACUGGAGAGAAACCUUUCCACUGCUCAGUAUGUGGGAAGCGUUUCCGUGAGAAAGCACACCUUAAGAGACAUGAGAGGGUACAUAAUGGAGAGAAGCCUUACAACUGCUUCGAAUGUGGGAAGAAUUUCCGUGUGGAAGAGACCCUACAGAAACACCAGAGAAUCCACACAGGAGAGAAGCCUCACCACUGCUCUCUUUGUGAGAAGAGCUUUAAUCAUUCAGGAAGCCUUAAAGAACAUCAAAGAAUACAUAGCGGAGAAAAGCCUUACCACUGCUCUCUUUGUGGGAAGAGCUUCCAUCAUUCAGGAACCUUUAAGAAACAUCAGCAAAGACACAUUGGAGUGAAACCUACCUGUAAUCACAAUGUGAUUGUCAAAGAGAAGGAUGAUGACUGUACUCUCAAUGUGAUAGUCAAAGAGAAGGAUGAUGACUGUACUCUCAAUGUGAUAGUCAAAGAGGAGGAUGAUGACUGUACUCUCAAUGUGAUUGUCAAAAAGGAAGAUGGUGACUGUACUCUCAAUGUGAUUGUCAAAGAGGAGGAUGAUGACUGUACUCCCAAUGUGAUUGUCAAAGAGGAGGAUGAUGACUGUACUCUCAAUGUGAUUGUCAAAGAGGAGGAGGAUGACCCAGAUACAUCAAGACUACCUGAUUCUGGUCGUUACCCCUGUCCUCAAUGUGGAAAGAAUUUUAGUUCCUCGAGUAAUCUAAAGAAUCAUCAAAGAGUACACACUGGAGAGAAACCUUUCCACUGCUCUGCAUGUGGGAAGAGUUUCAGUGAGAAAGCAAACCUUAAGAGACAUGAGAGAGUACAUGAGAAGGAAAGAGAGAAGUUGAGGAAGAGGAGAAAACUGGUAUUGUAGUUGACCCAGGGACAUCAAGACUACCUGGCCGUGGGAGUUACCCCUGUCCUCAAUGUGGGAAGAGUUUCAGUUCCUUAGGUAAUCUAAAUAAUCACCAAAAAGUACACACGGGAGAGAAGCCUUACCACUGCACCCAA